AUUCACUUGAAUAAUCACCAAGUACACAUCCCAAAACAAAAUGGCCGCUAAGUUUGUUGUUUUCUUCGCCGCUUUGGCCGCUGUCAAUGCCGGAGGUAUUGCUCCAUUGGGAUACUCUGCUGGUAUUGCCGCCCCCUUGGCUUACUCAGCUGGUCUCCAUGCUUCUCCAUUAGCUUAUGGAGCUGGUUAUGCUCAUGCUGCUCCAUUGGCGUAUUCAGCUGGUAUCCAUGCCCCAAUUGCCUCCCCAUUGGCCUAUGGUGCUGGUUAUGCCCAUGCCGCCCCUCUGGCUUACUCCGCCCCAAUUGCCCAUGCUCCAGUUGUUGCUAAGACCAUCGCUGCUCCAGCUGUGACUACUUCUUAUGCUACUGUUACCAAGUCGAUUGCUCCAGUUGCCGCCUAUGCUGCUGCUCCAGUGAUUGCCAAGACUGCUAUUGCCGCCCCCGUCGCCGCCUACUCUGCUGGUUAUGCCCAUGCUGCUCCAUUAGCUUACUCUGCUGGUAUCCACGCUCCAAUUGCUUCUCCAUUGGCUUAUGGAGCAGGUAUCCAUGCUUCUCCUUUGGCUUAUGGAGCUGGUAUCCAUGCUCCAGUCGCCGCCUACUCUGGUCUUCAUGGUGCCGCCCUCGGCUACGGAUAUGGCCGUUACUAUUAAUUUUUCCAUGAAAAAUUUGAUUUAGUAUAAGGAUAUUUAAAAACAAAUAAAAAUUACAAAAUU